AUGCCCAUUGCACAGCUCGUCCUCGCGAAAUUGAAGAUGUUAGGCAUCCGCAACGACAACGAAGAGAGUACGAAAUCUUCGAUCCUUGACAGGCUUCAGCCCGAUGCAGACACAACACCGCCGCUACUAUCGCAGUUACCAAACGAGCUACUGUUGCAAAUCACGGAUCUUCUCCCAGAUGAAGCCGUCUUGAGUCUUGGCCUGUCAUGUAAAACUCUAUAUACACGUCUGGCGCUGCAGUACUCGCAAUCAUUACUAAGAGCAGAUCAAAGCGUGAUUAACAAGUUUCUUCAUAUUCUAGAGAGAGACUUACCCACACAUAUUUUAUGUCCAUCAUGCAUGAAAUUUUACUUGAUGUUCGCCGAAGUAGCUCACCGUCUGCCAUGGAUAAGUUGGGAGAGGGUUUUGGGUAGUCAUCCACCGAAACAGCACCGACCGAGACUGUGCUGGUAUGAGGACCGUCGAUAUGAUGCUGCUCAGUGGCUAUCUUACAACUUCUCUCCAACUGUGUUUCGAAUGACUAUGAAAUUGCAUAGCCAAGGUCUCGACAACGGAAAACAUUUAGGGGUUUUAUCCUCCAGAGAAGAAUUUGCCAGUUAUGGACAUAGACAGCGGCGUACCUCUAUGGUGAAAGUACGGAAUGGGGUACUUCUGUUUCGCGAGCAGAAAGUCUUUCUAGUUCCCACUUCUUGGCCUCUUCCUAUUCCAAAUAAAUACCACAUCUACCCCCCUCGUCUAGCUGUAUGUCCGCACUACAACUUUCAGACAAUGAAAUCUAUACACAAAGCUGGCAUUCACAUUCCAUAUUCAAAGGGCCUACAAAACUACCAGAACAAGCAGGGUAUCGUUUCCUGCGACUAUUGCCACACAGAGUUCCGGGUAGAUUUCAAAAGCUGUGAGCAUUGUAAUGCAAUGAUCAUUACCCGCUGGCUGGAUUUGGGGGACGGAAAGGAUCCAAAAGAUCUCAAAUGGCUCCGCCACUUUCAGAAUUCCUCGAAGGGGACUAAAGUUGUCUUUCAACGUGGCGCUAUCUCUGCGGCUUUUGAACAAGAUCAAUCUGAAUUCGUUUGUGACAAGGACCUGGAUACGGAAGGGUUACAACGGAGAUUCUGCAAAAAUCCCGGCAAUCCUCCGAAAGGGCCGAGAAUUCGGGCAUCUGAAUACAGCGAUUGGGGAUACGAGGGCUGGACAGGCUUCAGCCCAUCGCUUGACGAGAUUCCUCGGGAUUAUAAGAUCCAGGACGGGAAAUCAGUGUCGUUAAGAACCGGAAAAGCCCGGAUUUGA